AGAAAAUAACUUCUAACGAAAACUGUCCCUCGUAAUUAUAAAUAAAUUAACAUUACAGAAAAGCUUUUCUUUGCAAAAAAAAAACCCCUAUUUUCUGUAUUCGCAAUCCCUAAAAAUCCCCUAGCUUCGCGUUUGGAUCUUCCUAAUUCUCGGCUGACACACAAAAUUUUCUCUAUUUAUUGGGGAAAAUGGCGAGAAUUAGGAAUUUUCGAAAACUAUUUAUCUUAUUCGGGGUUUAAUUUCGAGCUCCUUCAGUUGUUUUUCGCUCGAUCCCUUGGAAAAUUCGGUGGAAUUCUGCUGAAAUACUCAAAAUUUUACUGCAUAAAAAAGCCUUAUCGUUUACGGCUGCCUUCUUUACUACUGAAUUUCAGUUUCCCCCUCUUUUUCGAAGCAAAAUUUUGGAAUUUUUUCGCACGAUUUUGAGCUGUCCAAUUCCGAGUUGUUGCACUGGAUGAGCUAUGAUUUCAUUACGCCGAAUGAAAUCAGUUAAGUUGAGCUUCUUCUUCAGCUGCUGAAGAUCUCUGCAAAGUUUUACCGCAAUGUUUCCUUCUGAUCCAUAGGUAAUUGCUGCAUUGCUUCCGGGUUAAUUUCGGAAACCCGGAAUAAUGUCGGGUGUAUCCGAAGCCUCCGCCGCCGUGAUGAGCAACCGCGAGCCGUUUACAAUCACGCCGGCGCAGCAUCCGUCGGCUUCUCAGCCUCAGCUGGAUCAGCAAAUGCGCGUGCCCUACGCCGCCGAAGGCGCCUACAGAGCUGUUGGCGCGUCGCCGCCGUUCCAGCCGGACCCUUGCGGCGGCGUGGCUAAGCAAGGAAUGAAUUUGAGCUCAGGCGAUCAGAAGCGGAAGAGGGGUCGACCGAGGAAAUAUGGGACGGAUGGCAGCAUGGCCAUGGUGAUGGCUUCUGGGCCGCAGCCAAUAAGUGUGGGUUUGCCGCAGACGGAUAAUUUUUCUCCGCCCUCCGCUCCCCCUUUGGCGGAGGCGCAGCACCCAGUGGGUGGCUCGGCCUCGCCCACUGCCAAGAAGCCAAGGGGCAGGCCCCCUGGUUCGAGCAACAAGAAAAAGCAAAUUGAAGCUAUAGGUUCAACAGGAAUUGGAUUUAUACCUCAUGUAAUCAAUGUGAAGGCUGGAGAGGAUGUUUCUUCGAAAGUAAUGGCAUUUUCUCAAAAUGGUCCAAGGGCUGUUUGUAUCCUAUCUGCAAAUGGUGCCAUAUCAAACGUGACACUCCGCCAAGCUGCAACAUCUGGUGGAACCGCAACUUACGAGGGGCGAUUUGACAUCUUGUCCCUGUCGGGCUCAUUCAUGCUAUCAGAUGUUGGCGGUCACAAAAGCAGAACCGGUGGCUUAAGCACAACGUUAUCUGGACCGGAUGGAAGGGUGUUUGGUGGCUGCGUGGCUGGUUUAUUAAUCGCAGCUUCCCCUGUCCAGGUGAUAGUUGGAAGCUUUCUAGCAGAUGGUCGGAAAGAGCCAAAACCAGCAGCAGCAAACUACAUGGAGCCUUUAUCUGCUCCUCCAAAAGUGAACAUGGGAGGUGGCGGCACGAGCAGCUCGCCUUCACGAGGGACGUUCAGCGAGUCCUCCGGUGGGGCCGCCAGCCCGCUCAAUCUAAGCUCCGGUGCAUGCAACAACCACCCCCAUGCCAUGUCUGCCAUGCCCUGGAAAUGAUCUUCUCUGCAUAAUUUCUAAUCAGAGCUGUAUUUCUUGUUGAUUUGUAGUAUGUAGGAAUGCACUUGCACCCUGUAGAAUUAGCCACCUCCUUCAUCGGUUCACACGUCAGGUGUUGCCUACUUUACUUACUUUCUACUAAUUACAACUAUUUCAUAUUA